CGGGGCUGAGGGACAGGGCCGGGCCCGCCGCGAGCACCACCGGCCCAACGACUAACGGCCCCGCCGAGAAGCGCCGUUGUGCAACGCGCGCCACCCCCCCGCCCCGGCCCGCUGCUCUGUCACAGACUUGGGGGGGGUGACGGAACCGAAGGACACCCGCAAUCACCGGGGCUUGCCGCCGCGGAGCGCCCAACCUCCCUCCCUCCCUUCUUAAGCGAUUUCACCGGGACGAAGCCGCCCCCCGCGCCAUUCGGGGUCCGGCCAGCCUAACGCACCGCCCUCCGGGGCCUCGCCUCCACCGCUGGCGGGGCGGUGCGGGGGCUGCCGGCGCAUGCGCAGCCGCCCGGGGUUUCCGGUAACGGCGCGGGCGCUGGCCGUGCGAAGGGACGGACGGAUGGACGGCGGAGCGGCGGCGGUGGAGGUUGGCGUAUGGCGCGCGGCUGUGGCGGCCCUGCUGUCCUGCCUGCUGGGCGCCCUGCCCCCGCGCUGCGCAGGCCAAAGUAAUCUGAAGAGUCCACAGGAUAUUCAGGUCUAUGUUGUAAAUACGAAUUUCACUUUAAGGUGGAAGUACACUGGGAAUGACACCGAUGUGACAUUUUCAGCAGAAUACCGGUGGUUUGAAGAUUUUGAAGAAGAUGGAACAGAAUGGAAGAAGUUGCCUGGAUGUCAAAAUGAUACUCGUACAGAAUGUGACUUUUCCUCAGCAAUAACUGAGUACUAUGAUAAACAUCAUUUGCGUAUAAGGACUGAAAGAAGGGAAGAAGUGUCUCCAUGGUCUAGCGUUUUUGAAAUGACUCCGUAUGAUAUAGCUCAGAUUGGGCCCCCAGGAAUAGAGUUGCAGUCCAUAAAUGGAGUCAUAAAAAUUAAGGUUUCUCCUCCAGAAGCAAAUCAGGUCCAAAAAAUGUGGAUAGAUGAUAUAAGUUUUAAAUAUAAUUUAGUUAUCUGGGAAAAUUCAUCAAAUGCAGAGUUCAGAAGUCAAAGUAUUUUUCCUACUGACAAAAUUGAUGAUCUUGCACCAGACACUACCUAUUGUUUGAAAGUUCAAGCAACUUAUCCUUUGGAGUCUAAAGAAGGUUUAUUCAGUCCCAUUCGUUGCAUAAAAACUACUCAUAAAGUGGAUGUCCCAUUCUGUGCAACAAACGUGAGCAUUCUUGCUUUGAAUAUGAAAUUUCAUCUGCAUUGGGAUAAUCGGUAUAAACAACAUGUGAGCUACAACGUGCAGUAUCUCAGUGGGUAUCUAAAGAGACUUUAUGAUGACUACUCAGUGAAGUGGCUCAAUGUACCUGGAUGUGAAAACAUCACUGACACACAAUGCAAUUUCUCAUCUAUCAUCACUACUGUUUCUGGAACUUUUUAUCUUCGUGUGCAGGCCAUGAAUGAAAAUAAUAAAUCAUGUUUGUCCAAUGAAGUAAAAGUAAUUCCUCUGGUAACAAAUGAAAUUGGCCCUCCUGGUGUAAAGGUGGACAUCAGUGAUGAUGUUCUGCUUCAUAUCCAGAUUUAUCCUCCAGGAGGAUCUGAAAGUGAAAUCAUGAGGGACAACUAUGACUUUUCUUACCGGAUUCUGUACUGGAAGAAUUCAUCGAAUAAUGAGGAGGAAAUCAAAAUGAAAGAGAUAAAACAAACAAUAGGGACAAUUUCUGACCUAACACCCUCAACUUUGUACUGCCUGAAGGUACAAGCAUUCUCAAAAGCUUACAACAAAAGCAGUCAUUUCAGCAAAGAGGAAUGCAUCAAAACACCUAGAGAUAAAAUUUUACCUCUGGUCAUUUUAGCAACAUUUGUAACUGCUGUGGUUGCUGUGUUGCUUGUGGCUGCACCGCUUAUUUUUGUCCUGUAUCAAGCCUACAGUAAAAUCAAAUACGUGUUCUUUCCAUCGUGCCAGCCUCCUUUGAACAUAGAGGGUUUCGGAGAACAGCUCUUUAACAGUCCUUAUCGGCCAACUGCAGAGGAACCAAUAGAAAAUUUUUCUAUAAUUGAGACUAUCAUCACAGAAGAUCUAAAUCAAAUUGAUUUUAAAGACUACAAACAUUCUAAACAGAGCAGUCGUGAUUCAGGGAAUUAUUCUAAUGAUGACGAUACUUCAGGGAGCAAAGCAUCAGAAGAAAUGCUAGAAAAGGAAAUAGUAUAAUUUUUAAGAAAAUAAAAUUCAUAUAUGGGACUGGCAGCAUCAUAAAAAAAUUAAAACUUUUUUAUUAUGAAAGUUGCAGCCUAAGGAAGACAGUGUGACUUUGGGAUCUUUGUCUUCAGGUUUCCAAAUCUGCACUUUGUUAGUGGCAAGUUAUAUACCCUCUCUGCUGCAAGCUGACUGAAGUUAAAACUCAACUGACUCCUUACACCUUAUGCCACUUUGAUUCCUCAUCAUAUGAUAAAAGGAAUAUCAUCUGUGUAAAGAGGAACAGAAUCUACAGUUUUAUGUACUUGAACCUGAUAACCUCAGCUAAAGCUUACUGUGUUGCACACGAAGAGCUUCUUGCUGUCUUAGAGGUUUGUUUUGAAUGCCAGUGUACUCUGACAGGAAGCUCUAAAUACCAGUAUUGUAUUUCUUACAAUGUUUACACAAGCAGAAGGAAAGUGGUGUGGAAUAUGAUUUUUAAAUACUUUUCUGACAUUCUCUUCCUACUCCCUCAGCAGCAGUGCUUUUUGGCUCAGCAGGUCCAGAGCAAAAGAUGCAAAGAGACAACAGUAGCCUCAGUGAGGCUCCUCUGAGCCUCCUUGUAGAAUUCCCUGUGGCCGUGGCUCCGGAUGCUCCCGAUGCUCACUUGCCUGUUGGUGUAUCUGUGUGCCUUCAUCAGGGUGCUCUUCUCCCACAGCACUCUGUCAUCUGGGCAAGUUACGGGGAGGGGGGAAAAGCAGGAAGGAGGUUCACUUCACUUUGCUUAUAAAGAAAAAAUUUGUAGUGGAAGCUCUUCAUAAAUAGAGAUUGGGUCAAAUUGUUUUGCACUGCAUUUAGGAUAAAAAACAGCCAGUGACCAAGCCAAAUGUGUGCUGUAAGAAGAAACUAAAUAAUACUGUUAUUUUAAUGACAAGGCAUGUUAAGAGGCAUAUUCUUGAUUCCCCCCACCCAUGGCUAAAUAACCAGAAGUGUAAAAUGUUUAAUUCUAAUUGAAUUGUGUUUAGAAAUGCAAAUCUCUCUUAACAAGGAGGAAACUUAGUUCUGUAAUUAAAAGGACCGAAGUCGAAUUUAGAAAAUGCCUUUUAACAAACAGUGAGGAUGCUUGUCAUUCAAAGCUUUUUCAGCUUAGUCUUAUUUUGCCAACAGACUUUUCUUUCUAAGAAUUAUAAGGUUAUGCUGCAAUAAUUUUUCAGUAUGCAUACUACUUCUGACAUUUUUUUAAAGUAGCUUAUUUUUUAAUGAAGAAAUUGAUUUAGAGUAAACUGGUUUUGAGCUUCAUGUGCUGCUGUUUAUUAUAACAAGCAACCAUUGGUGUUUAUAUACAAUUUUUAAAUUUUGAAGACAUGAUGAAAUUUUGUAAAUUUUAUGUCCCUGUGUUCAUUGAAGAACAUAAUAAAUUUUGCACAUUUACUUCUUUA